AAAAAAACUCCAAAGUCAAAGGAACUAAAAAUCAAACAAUGUCCUUCCUUUGAAUGAUUCACCAUCUUCUCUUUCACCUUCCCCCAUUUUCAAAAACCCAGAAACAAAGCUUCUCACUUUCUUCACCCAACCAUGAAUUCCCCAAGACCCAUCUCCGUCGUCUCCACCUUCGCUUCACCAUCCUCCACCUCUGACCCAACCCGAAAACCCUUAAGCUUAUGGCCAGGUAUGUACCAUUCACCUGUCACCACCGCUCUUUGGGAAGCCAGAUCCAAAAUCUUCGAAUCUCUUCUCGAUCCUCCUAAAGACGCUCCACCACAGAGCCAGCUUCUCACCAGAACUCCUUCUCAUAGCCGUACCACCAUUUUCUACCCUUUCUCCACUGAUUUCAUUCUCAGAGAGCAAUACAGAGAUCCUUGGAACGAGGUCCGUAUCGGGAUCUUGCUCGAAGAUCUCGAUGCUUUAGCCGGCACUAUCUCCGUCAAGGUAUCUUCAUUUGCCAAAUUGAGUGAUAAAGUUUGAUCCUUUUUUAGGAUACUGUGAAUCUCUGUCCUCUGACUAUGGUUGUAUUAUAGGUUUUAGUGAUCUUAUUGUGUAUUUGAAUGUGUCUGUACAUUGUGAUACAGCAUUGUUCUGAUGAUGAUAGUACAACGAGGCCACUCUUGCUUGUUACAGCUUCUGUUCAUAAGAUUGUCUUAAAGAAGCCGAUUUGUGUCGACAUUGAUCUCAAGAUUGUUGCUUCUGUCAUUUGGGUUGGUCGUUCAUCUAUCGAGAUUCAACUCGAAGUUAUGCAAUCCGAAUUGAAUGUCAAGGCUUCUUCAGAUUCUGUUGCUUUAACUGCAAAUUUCAUUUUUGUGGCGCGUGAUUCUAAGACUGGUAAAGCUGCUCCUAUCAACCGUCUUUCUCCUGAAACCGAGGUUGAGAAACUUCUCUUUGAGGAAGCUGAAGCUAGGAAUAACUUAAGGAAGAAGAAGAGAGGAGGUGACAGAAGGGAAUUUGAUCACGGGGAGUGUAAGAAGCUUGAGGCUUGGUUGGCUGAAGGAAGGAUUUUCUCUGACAUGCCAGCUCUUGCUGACAGAAACAGCAUUCUUCUUAAAGACACUCGUCUUGAGAAUUCGCUGAUAUGCCAACCGCAGCAGAGGAACAUCCAUGGUAGGAUCUUUGGAGGGUUUUUAAUGCAUAGAGCAUUUGAGUUGGCUUUCUCUACUGCUUAUACGUUUGCGGGUCUAGUGCCUUACUUCUUAGAAGUUGAUCACGUCGAUUUCCUAAGACCGGUGGACGUCGGGGAUUUCUUACGUUUCAAAUCCUGUGUUCUUUACACUCAACUGGAUAAACAGGAUUGUCCGCUCAUCAAUAUCGAAGUUGUUGCUCAUGUUACAAGUCCAGAGAUUCGCUCCAGUGAGGUUUCAAAUACAUUCUACUUCAAGUUCACUGUAAGGCCAGAGGCAAAGGCCAGAAACAAUGGGUUUAAACUUCGAAAUGUAGUUCCUGCCACAGAGGAAGAAGCUCGUCAUAUCCUCGAGCGCAUGGAUGCAGAAGCUUUGAAGUCAAGCAAACAACAAUGUGUAGGCACAAUUCUUCAGUAAUGGUUAUGGUGUUUCUAUGUUUAAAAGACCUGGCUUAUCAGGUUUAUCCUCUGACCACAAAUUAACUAGAAAUGUAGAUGCAUUUCUACUGUAUCUAAACGAUUCGCUAAUAUGACCAAAGAUAUGGCUUACUUGUGCAACUC